GAAUAAAUACCCUGUACCAUGCAUGUGGGGGUGGGUUAUUACUUGAUAAUAAUAAUUAUUAUUAUUAUUCUUGUUGUUAUUGUUGCAUUUUAUGUGAAUGCAACUUAUAUUGUUUUCUUUCUACAGGAGCAAAAUUCAGAAAUAGAAAGUGCUGUAAGGAAUCUGCUUAGCUGCAUCCAAAGGCAUAGCAGCCCUCAAGCACAUGGAAAUCCCAACAGUUCUCCCGCCGUGGCACCUCAGCCUGGUACUAGUGCUUCCUUUGGGGUUGGCCAGGCUGUUAGUAGGCCAAACACAGUUCAGCAAGAAAUGCAAAGAGCUUUUCCAGCACUUUACCAUGGAAGCCAUAAACGAAUGAAAAAAAUGGCACCUGAACUUGCAAAACUUACAUCUGUAAAGUUCUUAGAAUUCCAGUUCUGCUUGCUAUCCAAAAACUCCCAAAAGACUCCCAAAGAUGAAACAGUUCUCUUACAAGCAGGACUAGGCAGAAGAACUGUAAAUAUUCCAGACAAUGCUGAUCAUACUGAGAUAACCAAAGUACUUCUUCAGGAGUACCCAAAGUUGCAAAACUUAAGAGGUGGUUGGCUGCUCCAAAAAGCCUCAGGGGGCAGUGGACAAAGGAAAACAACAUCUCUGGCCCAGGAUUCCCAGGGCUACACAGCAAAAAUAUUGAAGACGUCCUCUAACAAUGGGAAGAAUGUCAUCUACAUCGUCCCCCUCCAAGAAGAAAUCGAUAUAACCCCGUUGCCAUAUAAUGCACCUGAAUUUCAUAACAUGCCCAAAAACAUCUGCAUGACAUGUGGUAUAUCAGUCCCAUUACAGUUGCUGCCAUGUCACCUUGAGGAUUGUCAAAGUAAUAAUGCGAUAGAAUCUGAAUCUGACAAGGAAAAAGAAAAUGAAGAGGCCCAUGGACUGAGCCAUGAGUCAGAUGUAAUUUGUCUGGAUGCCUGUCCGAUAUGUGGAGAAGAAUUUUCUGCAGAAGUGAUGCCUUACCAUGCCAGUACAUGUGGAGAAAGAUUGGAAGAGGAUUGAGCUUCCAGAAAGGGCAGCUAUACAGUACAGGCAGUGUACACUUCGACAAAAAGAAGACGAGCCCCCACUGAAAGUAAGAAUUGAUAUUAGAGAAGACAUGGAGGACCAGGAGGGGAGAAUAAUAAAUUUUUACAAGGUCCCCAAAAUUGAUUGGACUAGACCUCUUCAAUGCCGAUUGGAAGGGGAUGUUGCCACUGGGGAUGGUGUUCAGCGCCAUUUUUUCAGCAUGGUGAUGCACAAGCUGCAGAAUGGAUUCCUCUUUAAUGUCGGAAAUGGAAACGGAACUGCAUUAUUUGAAGGGCAAGCUGACCACCUUAUCCCAUCUACUUCCCAAGUCCUUUUGCAGAGUGACUUGUUUGUGAUGGCAGGCAGGAUUAUUGGUCAUUCUUUCCUCCAUGGUGGGCCUUCAUUAGCAGGUGUGAGCCCAGCAAUUGUACAUGUAUUAUUAGGAGGCUCCCCACAAACAGCAACCAUCACAAUUGAAGAUGUGGCUGACAUCGACAUUAGGGAGACAAUACAGAUGCUUGCUGUAGGUGAUUCAAACAAUGAUUUAAGUGAGGAUCAAAAGGCAGCCAUUGACACACUGGCAAUGUGUUGGGACCUUCCAGUGUUGACUACAACCAACCGCACUUGGCUGUUACACAAUCUUCUUCAGCAUGCAGUGCUGACAAGAACCUGGCGACAAGUAAAACAACUCAGACAAGGACUGAAGGAGUCAAUGGUAUGGCAGUUAUUGGAGGCCCGACCUGAUGUGGCAUCUGUGAUAUUUCCAAGACAGUCAAUGGCUGACUGCAGUACACAGGUUCUCUUAAACAACAUCAUCUGGCCCAUGGAAGAUGAAGAGUGGGACAAUGAACCCCCAUUUACCACCCAGUGCAGAAUUUCAGGGUACCUUAGGAAGUUUGUGGAGACUGCUGAUCAAUGUAAAUUGAAACAGCUUGUCAAAUUCUGGGUGGGCUGGGAGCUACCAAUGAAGGAAAUGCAGGUGAAAGUGGUGCAGGCAGAAAACCUACAUCCUCCACCUGUUUUUGCAUUCUUCGUCUACCAGCUCAUUACACGACUUAUGACCAUUUCAAAAAACACCUAG